AUGAGGAAGUUCUGCCUCUCCACGGUGGGGAUCCUGUCCAUGACCCUGCUCAUCGCCAGCGUCGCCCUGCUGGUGGCCCACGUCCUCCAGAGAGCGGUGGACCUGCAAGUGAAAGAGGGAACAGUACUAAAGAAUGGCACAGAAGCCUUUGACCUCUGGGAAGACCCUCCUCCACCAGUCUACAUGCAGUUCUACUUUUUUAACGUGACCAAUCCUCUAGAAGUGGUCAGUGGAGAUACCCCUUUUGUGGAAGAAAUAGGGCCGUACACCUACAGAGAGUACAGGCCAAGAGUGAAUGUUCAUAUUUUGGACAAUGACACCAGAGUCUCUUCUGUGAACCCAAAGACCUAUGUAUUUGAACCAGAGAAGUCUGUUGGAGACCCUGAAGUUGAUCUGAUCAGGACAGUAAAUAUUCCUGCAGUGACUGCAAUGGAAUGGGCCAAAUCGACUUCUCUACGGCUACCCACAGAGAUUCUCCUAAUAUUAUACCAAGAAAACUUGUUUAUGACACACACUGUCCACGAAUUACUGUGGGGCUACAAAGACAAACUUUUGUCAACCCUUCAUGUGCUUCAUCCUGAGAUUGAUUCAGAGUUUGGCUUAUUUAAUAAGAUGAAUGGAACGGAUGACGGUGAAUAUGUUGUUCUCAGUGGGAAAAUGAACUACCUUAACUUCUCGAAGAUCGUGGAGUGGAGAGGAAAAGAGUCACUGAACUGGUGGACCACAGAGUCAUGUAAUAUGAUCAAUGGGACAGAUGGAAGUGCUUUCCACCCAUUGAUAAGCACAGAUGAAACAAUUUAUGUCUUUUCUUCUGAUUUCUGCAGAUCUCUGUAUGUAACUUUUGAUAGCUUUGUGAGUGUGUCUGGAAUCCCUGCCUAUCGGUUUGUGCCCCCUGAAAAGGUGUUUGCCAAUACGUCAGUGAACCCAGACAAUGCAGGAUUCUGUGUGCCAGCAGGAAACUGCCAUGGCUCAGGUGUCCUGAACGUCAGCGUCUGCAAGCAGGGUGUCCCGAUCCUUUUAUCGGCCCCACAUUUUUACCAAGCAGAUGAGAAGUAUAUUAAGGACAUACAGGGCAUGCAUCCCAGAAAGGAGGAUCAUGAAACAUUUCUGGACAUCAAUCCUCUGACGGGGAUAGUUGUACAAGCAGCCAAGAGAAUGCAGAUCAAUGUUCUUGUCAGAAAACUAGAUGGAUUUAUUGAAACAGGCAGUGUCAGAACAUUGGUUUUCCCCGUGGUGCAUGUAAAUGAGAGUGUUCUCAUUGACGAAGCAUCUGCCAAAAAACUGAAGAGCGUUCUGUUUGAAGCCACAGUUGUAACCAGCAUCCCCUUCAUAAUCAUGGCAUUAGGAGUUAUUUUGGGGAUUUGUUUCAUUGUGCUCAUAUGCAGGCCCCCUGGAACAAGGGAAGAGAGUUCUGAAGAGGAAAGGGCUCCGCUCAUCAGGACAUCCUAAUCUUCUUUUUUUCCCCUUCCCAUGUGAGCUUGGUGAAUACACUAUGCAAGUUGAUCUAAUACCGAACACUACCCAGCAUUCAGCAUUCUAAAAACCCACCAUGCUAAUUAUAAUUAUUUGUAGUACAGGGAUGGAAAAAACUAAAAUGCUAGUGAAUGAGGAAACUGUUCUUCUCAGCUGCUAAGUAAGUUUUAAAACCAGAUAUUAAAAUGACUUGAGAUCCUGCUUUAUUAACUAGUGUUUAAUAUUCCCAGUGCUGUUGAAAGCCAUAAAAGCUCAGAACCACUAUAUCAGUGAGAGUAUAAUACCCUGAUUCAUGUAUUAGAAUUACAUGGGGUAAACUUUGUAAAUGGACCUUAGUAAUGUGGGCUCCUAAGUCCCUUUUGAAAAUGGAACUUAGGCAUGUUUGAAAAUAUUGCCCUAGGUCUAAUUUUGUCUUUUGUGUAGAGUACACUUGGCUUCUUAUUAACAGUGUGUGAAUGGAUUGUUUUAGUAGUUACACAUCAUGCCUUUCACCUCCAAAAUUGUUUUGUGAAUCUAAGCCAAAAUGGUAAGUGAGGCCUAUUUAAUCAUACCUAGUUUUCAGUUAAGAAGCCAAGUACUUCAUAGCUCAUUUUCGUACAGCACCUUGAUCUGUCCCAGUAUUGCUUGAAAUCCCAUUGUGUGGUAUUAAUAAAAUGCCCUGGCAAGUUUUUUAAUUUUUAAUUGUUUUUUACACUGGAAAACAAAGGGUUGGUUAGCUGAGGGUACAAUAGAGCGUUCUCCUUUUUCCUGUGUCAGUGUCUCACAAAUAUCUAUUCUCUGGAGCACUGUACAGGCAGAUGUUGCAAGGGUAUUUGUAAUUGCAUUCAACAUUUAGGAAACCUACAGACCUUCUGUGUUGAGGUAUGUUUGGAACAUAAAGGAAAGCAGCAUAAACGUUUUUUUAAAAAUACUGGUAGUUUA